AGAAACCGGUUUUUAAAAACUAAGAUAAAAAACCAGUUUUUUAUAAACUACAACGCUUCCAAACGGUGCCGUAAUCGACCCCACCGGGCCACCGUUCCUUGCCAACUGCCAAGCAUCACCGCGAAAUCUAAUAACUCGUUGCUCUUCGUCUUCGCUCCGCGAUCGAUCCAGGAGGGGGAAGCAGAAGGAGGGAUGGCGGAGAACCCGCAGCUGUUUGGGAAUGGGAUGCCGGUGCCGUUCUACAGUGAGAUGUUCGUCCUCGCCCGGGAUGGCGUCGAGUUCCACGUCGACAAGAUCCCAUCAGCUCCUGGUGGUCAUGUGAAAACAAAAGGCACAAUUUACCUGUCUAAUAUAAGGAUGGUGUUUGUUGCCAACAAGCAUGUUGGCAACUUCUUUGCUUUUGAUAUGCCACUGUUGUUUGUGCACGGUCAGAAGUUCAAUCAGCCAAUAUUUCACUGCAACAACAUCUCUGGAUUCGUUGAGCCAGUUGUUCCAGACAACCAGAACAGGGCCCUGUACUCAACUCACACCUUCAAGGUCUUGUUCAAGGACGGCGGCUGUGGUACUUUCGUUCCUCUGUUCCUCAACCUGACUGCAUCUGUGCGGCGCUACAACCAGUUUGAAACCCAGUCUGCUGCUAGCAUGGCACCUCGUGUGGACCCUCUGCAAGCUGUGCAGACUCCUGUUGAUGACAUGAUGCGUCAUGCGUAUGUUGACCCAAACGAUCCUACCAAGAUCUUCCUUCAGCAACCUGCGCCAGAAUCGCAGCUGAGGAGGAGGAACUACCACGGCCCAGCUGAUGCAAAUUAGCGCUUGGCUGGAUUGGCAGAACUCAUGCUCAAUUAAGUGCUGUGUCCAUUUGAGCAUUUCACCUAUCCUUGUCGUUUACCACAACUGACUUCAAUAUUCGGGUACCCCUGGGUCCUGUGACCUUACAUAUAUAGUACAUAAUGUUGCGAGUUCUCGCAAUAUGUAAUGUACAUAAGUGGCGUGUUCAUAUAUUAUUGCUGGAGCCUGGAGGGUCAA